AUGCUAUUGAAGAUACAUGAUGCCUCCCAGAGGACGAGGGAAUCAAAUCAGUCAGUGACCUCGGACUUCACUCUCAUGGGGCUCUUUGGCCACUCGGGGCCACAUCUGGUCCUGUUCUCCCUUGUGGCAGCGACAUUCACCACGGGUCUUCUAGGCAAUGCCAUCCUGCUCUUCCUGAUCCACACAGACUCCAGGCUCCACACACCCAUGUACUUUCUGCUCAGCCAACUCUCCCUGUUGGAUGUUGGCUUUCCACUGGUCACCAUGCCCAAAAUGGCAGCUAACUUCCUGCAGGGUGAGAGUUCCAUCUCCUUUGAGGGUUGUGCAGCUCAGAUGUUCUUCCUGAUGCUAUUGGGUGUCUCUGAGGGUGUCCUACUAUCUCUCAUGUCUUACGACCGCUACGUCGCUGUGUGCCACCCCCUGCGUUAUCCUGUGCUCAUGAGACACCAGGUCUGUCUGCUCAUGGUUGGCACCUCUUGGUUGUUAGGUGUGCUUGUAUCCUCCAUUCAGACCUCCAUCACCCUGCACUUCCCCUACUGUGCCUCACGCAAUGUGGAUCACUUUUUUUGUGAGCUGCCUGCUCUGCUGAAGCUCUCUUGUGCAGACACCUCUGCAUAUGAGUUGGCGCUAUCCAUCUCGGGGGUGCUGAUCUUGCUGCUGCCCCUGUCCCUCAUUGCCACCUCUUAUAGCCACGUGUUAGGGGCCGUUCUCCGCAUGCACUCAGCUGAAGCCCGACACAAGGCCUUCACCACCUGCUCCUCCCACAUCACUGUGGUGGGGCUCUUUUAUGGGGCAGCUGUGUUCAUGUACAUGGUGCCAGGAACCUACCACAGUCCACAGCAGGACAACGUCGUCUCCCUCUUCUACAGUCUCGUCACCCCCACACUCAACCCCCUCAUCUAUAGCCUGAGGAACCGAGAAGUUCGAGCAGCUUUGGCCACAGUCCUUGGCAAAACUGGUUUCAAAUCAAAGAGAAGACAUCAUGGGGGAUGCUGGCACCCUCCAAUAUAG